AGAAAUUUUUAUUCAAGAAAAAAGUAUUAUUUUGCUCUAUUGUUUCGGAUAAAAAGUGACCCCCGGAUAGCAGAAUUAGCGUUAUUUCAUGUAUCAUCAAAUUUUUCGCCAAUUUUCAUGGACUAUUCGUGAUCGAAGUUCGUUGAAAAUAUCAAGGAAUUCUUUGCGCAUACGACUAUCCACUAGAUUGGUGCACAACGGUAAGCCGGGUGGCGGUAGCAAUCAGAAAAGCUUAAACAUUAUGGAGAAUGCUGGUCUGGCGCAUAAUGUGCCAAUUUCGCAGCUGGCUGCUGCUACAGCUGCUGCGGGCGCCGCGAAACUAACUAGAUACGACAAUAUCACCAAGUCGCAACAGGACAAUCGCAACUAUCGUGGACUGCAACUUGAGAACGGCCUAAAAGUACUGCUAAUUUCGGAUCCAACUACCGAUAAAUCGGCUGCUGCCAUGUCAGUGCAAGUAGGGCAUCUGAGUGAUCCGGACGAAAUACCCGGAUUAGCUCACUUUUGCGAACAUAUGCUGUUUCUUGGAACGGAGAAGUAUGUUAACGAGAACGAUUAUAUGGCGUUUCUGUCGUCGAACGGUGGAAGCUCAAACGCGGCCACCUACGCUGACAGCACGAAGUAUUAUUUCGAUGUGGUCCCAGAGAAACUGCAUGAAGCACUGGACCGUUUUUCGCAAUUCUUCAUCGCCCCUCUCUUUACCGAACAGGCCACCGAGCGAGAAAUCAAUGCAGUUCACUCCGAACAUGAGAAAAAUCUGUCGAUUGAUGGUUGGCGACUACGACAGGUUAACAAAUCUUUGUGCGAUCCCAGUCAUCCUUAUAAAAAAUUUGGCACAGGUAACAAAAAAAGUUUACUAGACGAUCCCAAGGAAUCUGGAAUUAACACUCGGGAUGAACUAAUAAAAUUUCAUACUAAAUGGUACUCGGCUAACCUCAUGCAUCUAGCGGUGUUCGGUAAGGAAUCGCUUGAUGAACUGGAAUCAAUGGUGGUGCAGAUGUUCUCCGACAUUGAACGGAAAGAAGUAGAAGCACCGUCCUGGAGGAAGUUUCCCUUUGGUGAGGAGCAACUGGCCACCAAGACGAUGGUGGUUCCUGUGAAGGAUACGCGUUCGUUAACAAUCGCCUUUCAGACGGAAGACCUGGACCAAUACUACAAGGCCGGACCGCAACUUUAUUGUAGUCAUUUGAUAGGCCACGAGGGAAAAGGUAGCAUACUGUCGGAGUUGAAGGCCAAAGGUUGGUGCAAUAAUCUUAUCGGUAGCUAUGAAACCAUUGGCCGGGGGUUCGGAGUUUUCGAUGUUAUGGUUGAUCUGACUCAGGAUGGUUUCGAGCACAUUGAUGACAUCGUUGCGAUUGUGUUUCAAUAUAUCAAUAUGCUUAAAAGGGAGGGACCGCAAAGGUGGAUUUUUGAUGAAUAUCGUAACCUGUGCGAAAUGCAAUUCCGCUUCAAAGACAAGGAACAUCCGCAGUCGUUGGUGUCCGAUGUGGUGCUUGCGAUGCAGAGUUAUCCGCUAGAGGAAGUUCUUGCGGCACCGUACUUGAUGUCUGAGUGGCGGCCGGAUCUGAUCGAGAAUUUGUGGAAUAGUUUCCGACCAGAAAAUUGUCGAAUCGUUAUCGUUGGUCAAAAGUGCGAAGAAAAGGCUAAUCGCGUAGAGAAAUGGUAUGGAACCAAAUAUGCAUCGGAAAAAGUACCCAAAAGUGUUUUGGAUAGUUGGGCUAAAGCUGAUAUGAACGAAAAAUUGCAUCUGCCGAAGCCCAACCCAUUUAUUCCGACCGAUUUUGAGCUGGUUCCUGUCGACGCUGAUGUUGAAAAUUUUCCAGCUAUUAUUUACAAUACACCGAUGAUGCGCGUCUGGUUCAAACAGGAUGUCGAGUAUCUUACGCCUAAAACGUUAAUGAAUUUCGAUUUCUGCAGCCCGAUCGUGUACUCUGAUCCUUUAAAUUGUAACUUGACGCAUUUGUACGUGCAGCUAUUCAGGGACCAUCUGAACGAGUAUCUCUAUGAUGCCGAUCUGGCCGGUUUGCGAUUGAUGGUUGCCAACACUACGCAUGGAAUUAGUAUAUCAAUUGGAGGAUACAAUCACAAGCAACAUAUUUUGCUGGAAAAAGUUUUAAAUGACAUGUAUAAUUUUGAAAUUGACGAAAAACGUUUUGAAAUUCUGAAGGAGCAGUAUGUUCGCAAUUUGAAAAAUUAUAAUGCGGAACAGCCGUACCACCACGCCGUCUACUAUUUGGCUCUGUUGUUGAGCGAACAGGCUUGGUCAAAACAGGAGCUUAUAGAUGCUUCGGAAUUAAUAACUGUGGAACGGCUGCGGUCAUUUAUAGAUGAAUUACUAUCUCGAAUGCAUGUAGAAUGUUUUAUACACGGAAAUAUCAAUAAGGAACAAGCGAUGGAGAUAUCUCGAAAAGUAGAAGAUAGGCUAAAGAAUACAGAUGCUAGCGUGGCACCACUUCUGGCUCGCCAGUUGAUGCUAAAACGGGAGUAUAAACUCAAUACAGGCGAAAACUGCUUAUUUGAAACCAACAACGAAUAUCAUAAGAGUUCCUGUGCGGAACUGUAUGUGCAGUGUGGUAUGCAGAACGAUCAGUCCAACGUGUAUAUUGAUCUGGUUUCCCAAAUUAUUAGCGAGCCCUGCUACAACCAGUUGCGCACGCAAGAGCAGCUAGGUUACAUUGUAUUUUGUGGGUCGCGUAAAUCCAACGGUGUACAAGGAAUCCGCAUAAUAGUGCAAUCAACAAAGCAUCCUGCUUACGUUGAGGAUCGGAUAGAGAGUUUCUUGAACGGAAUUUCUAAUUAUUUGGAAACCAUGACCGACGAGGAGUUCGACCGCCACAAGGAAGCGCUUGCAGCACAGAAGCUAGAAAAACCGAAACGACUGUCCACUCAGUUUGCCAAGUUUCUUAACGAAAUCUCUCUACAGCAGUUCCAUUUUAACCGUGCUCAGGUUGAGGUCGCUUUCUUGAAAACGUUAACAAAGCAGCAGAUAAUCGAUUACUAUAAGGAAUUCAUUGUCCUGGGCGCACCAUCACGGCGGACACUGUCCAUCCAUGUGAUCUCGACUGCGGAGGGUGGUGCUGCCGGUAAGGAUGCGCCGGCCGAAACCGUCGAACAAAAUGCAAAUGAUACCACAAACGUGAAGGACUUCGUUAAAAUUUGCGACCUAGUUGGGUUCAAAUCGGCUCGCGCAUUGUACCCGGUGGUGCAACCAUACGUCGACAUAAAACCAAAGGGUAGCAAGUGCAAACUGUAAUCGACAGUUGACUGGUUAUCGAAGAAAUCCUGUUGAUUUGUUUUGUGGGACCGGAACUGUGAACACAAUCUCACCACAGCACUUUCUAUUUGUAAAUAACUUUUCGUUGAAAUGUGUGUAUGUUAUAGUUACUUUUCUAAUUGUACUAAAAGUAGGUAUUAUAGUUGUUGAAAUUUUCUAUGUAGUUACGAAGGACAGUUAUUAGUUACACACAGUAUACUCUUUUAUGGCACUAUAGGUUCUAUUGUAAAUUCUAUGUUGCAAGGCUGCUUUGUUUGAUCAUGGAAAGUAAAUAUUUCAAACAGAUUGUGUAGGUACUUAUCAGUUUAUUGUUUUAAAACUGUAUAGACAGUUUUGCACACAUUACACCUACUAUCAUGAAAAAAAAAUUGUAAACAACCUGUUUUGGUCCCACUACUUAUAGAUAAAUGACUACU